UGGGGAUCAGAUCCCCCAUCGGCUUUUUAUUACCUUACUAAAAAGUUUUGAGAGGGUGGGGGAGGAACCUGUAAAACCUCGUCAUGUAAAAAACAUACCUAUAUGUGGGUGUACAACUUUACUGGUGUAGCAUCCUCUUGAAAAAAGUUUAAUAUCGAAUGGACCUGUAGUGUUCAUGUGAUUUUUCGUUCAUUUUAAUGAAUCUUUACCUACUUACUGGCUACUUACUUUCGUGUCUACUAUAGUCCAUAAUGGCAUAAUCAUAGAACGUAAAAUAUAAUUAUGUUCUAAUAUUAGGUCUAUGACCAUUUAAUACAGUGGAUAGUAUUGUUCUGUGGUGAUAGUGUUCCGACCUGUGUGAUUUUUAUUUUUCAUCCUUAUCAUUCCGGGAGGACUGUGAUAUCAUCCGACCAUCGUCACUCCGGUUAAACCGCGGAAUUCACGUCAGAAUUCAACUAUAAUUUAUAUAAUAUUACGAUCUAAAUUCUAAGAUAAUAAUUUAUAUAAUAUUACGAUCUAAAUUCUAAGAUAAUAAUAUAUAAUAUAUCAUAUAUGACUGUAACAGUUACAGUUACUGUCCUUGCUCCUUAAUCUUUAUGAAAAAUUAUUGAGCAGGCUGUAUCGAUAACGACACCAGUCUGCAGGUGCACUUUUUAUGAACUUGGCAGACUUGAAAACGUAAAAAAACUUAUAACAAUUAGCAGAGGAAAUCGUAAAACGAUCACAGAGCAUAAUGGCAAUAUUGCACAGAAAAAAAAUGAUGAUGAUGAAAAAAGAAAUGAAAUUGUACAACCUGUUCAAAAACAAAGGUCAAAGAGAGGAGUUUAAAUCAAGGAGUUGUCUAGGAAAAGGAGGUUUCGGGAUUGUAUUUGCGGCUAAAGAUAAAUUAAUCGACGAAAAUUAUGCUAUUAAAAGGAUACAUUUUCCAUCACGUUAUAUAGACACAAGUAGUAUUAUAACAACCAUUCAAACACAAGUUACUAAUCAUUGUUCAAUAGAAUCAUAUGACGAUAAAAGUGACUUGUCUUGUAUUGUUUUUGACAGUAAUAAUAAAGAUGAAAUAUUAGAUAUAUAAGUUCAGACAAAUUAACUAAAGGUAGUAAACAUCGGAAACAUAAAUCUGAGUGUGAUAUAACCAGUGACUCUCAUAGUGAGUGAAAAGUAGCCAUACAAUACUUUUACAUCAAAAUGGAACUUUGUGCGAGACAUAGUUUAAGAGAAUGGUUACUUUAUUAUAAAAAUAGAGAUAAAAUAGAUAUUUUAAAGAUUAUUGGCCAAAUUACGGUUGAUGUUGAAUAUAUUCAUUCAAAAGGACUCAUACAUAGAGAUUUAAAGCCUUCAAAUAUAUUUUUUUCAUUGGAUAACCAAAUCAAAAUAGGCGAUUUUGGUUUAGUUACAAAAAUAAUAAAUUCUGAUUCAGAGACUGAAUACGAUGAUAAACAACAUACUGAUCAAGUGGGUACACAAUUCUAUAUGAGUCCAGAACAGAUGAUACUAGGAAACUCAUAUGAUUUUAAAGUAGAUAUAUAUUCCCUUGGCAUUAUAUUUAUUAUUUUUUGAAUUGCUCAAUUCUUCUACUACUGAAAUGGAAAGAUGCAUGACAUUAAAGAUACUUAGAGGAGGUACAAUGCCUAGUCAAUUUUUGAAAAUAUAUAAAAAUACAAUUGAAAAAGAAUUGGUGUGCAACAUAUUAUCGCAAGAUCCU